AUAAUAAUUGCUAAAGAGUCUCAAGAUGAGAUCUACCUUCAUUGCUUUGACAACACUCGCAGCAGCAAUACUCAGCGCAACUCAUGCAAGUCCAAUUGUGACACUGAAUGAAUUGACCAAACGAGACACUUCUGCAACUAUUGCAGAUGGCGAAUUGCCUGUAUUUGUCAGUCGUACGAUCAAAGACGAAGAAAAACCUCUGCUGUUUGAAGAGGCAUAUACCACUCCUGGCGGUACUCAUGUCAAGAAAGGGGGAUUCUACGAUCCUACCACUGGCUCUCGUGGAUCUUACAGUAGCUCUUCUUUCCACAAAGAGUGGCACUCUCCAUGAGGGCAGAUUGACUGCAAGUGAUUUGCUCUAACGCCUUCUUAUGGCUUAAGCUUAACUUCAUUAGAA